CAGGGCUGGGCGGUGCGUGGAGGGGAGAGGGGUAGCUAAGACCCAAGGGCUUCCCCACCAGCGGUGGAGUGCACGGGGUGGUGGUUCUCCAGGGUGUGGGUUGUGCAGGCGGGGUUGAAGCAGGGACGGCGGGACGAGGCCGCAUUUUGCCCCCGCUUCCGCGGUUACCUGUGCCUGGAGGUGAUUUGAAGGGCAAUGGGUGGAGAGGUUCUCAGCCCGCCAGCGGAGCCGCCCGGGAGUUCCCAGAUCCCGACCGGACAAACCUACGGGCCGCGCUUUGCAGCUCGCUCAUCUUUCACUUGGAUAGCGGACCAGCUUUCUUCACGGGCUCUACCAUUCCCCCCCCUUUGGCCCAACUCCACAACAACCACUUCUCCAUCUUCUGUUCUCUGGUCUCCCCCACUCCCACCCCCUCCUAUCUGGCUGCUUCCCCGAGCUCCCCCACUCCAUCUUCCUCAGAUCCAGGCCCUCAGCUCACCAUGGAUGGUUCUCCCUCCAGGAAAGGGGGAGGAGGGACCAGGACCUGAGAUGCAUAGCGGCUGCCUGGAUGGGCUUAGGAGCCUAUUUGAGGGACCUCCCUGCCCCUGUCCUGGGGCUUUGAUACCUUUCCAAGCCCCUGGGACUUCUUGCCCUUCCCCUACCACUCCAUCAGGAGAUCCAAGUAUGGAGGAGCACCUGGCUAUCAUGUAUGAGAGACUGAGACAAGAGCUUCCCAAUCUCUUCCUUCACUCCCACGACUAUACUCUCUACUCAUCGGAUGUGGAAUUCAUCAAUGAGAUCCUGAACAUACGUACCAAGGGCCUAACAUGGUACAUUCUGUCACUGACCCUCUGCCGCUUCCUGGCCUGGAACUAUUUUGCUCAGCUUCGGUUGGAGGUUCUACAGCUGACCCGCCACCCAGAGAAUUGGACCCUGCAAGCCCGCUGGCGGCUUGUGGGGCUGCCCAUCCACAUGCUCUUCCUGCGUUUCUACAAGCGUGACAAGGAAGAGCUUUACCGGACCUAUGAUGCCUAUUCCACCUUCUACCUGAAUUCCAAUGGCCUCAUUUGUCGCCAUCGCCUAGAUAAACUGAUGCCUUCACACUCACCCCCAACGCCUGUGAAGAAGCUGCUAGUGGGAGCUCUGGUAGCUUUAGGACUGUCAGAGCCAGAACCCAACUUACACCUGUGUUCUAAGACCUGAUCCAGGAACAGGGUGGAGGCAGCACUGAAGAAUUUGCUAUAUACACACAAGUGGUGGAGGUAGCCUAGAAUCUUGGGAGCUAGCUUCCUCCUCUCUUUUCUCUUUUCUCUUUUCUCUUUUGGCCAUCUCAUGCCAUGUAAAGCUGCUGUGUAAUUUAACUUGUAAAUAAUAAAGUCUAAGUGAAUAUAUGAGAA